AAAAGAGAAAGGAAAAGGAAUAAUAAGAAAACAUGUUGAGUCUAAACAACCUAAUAACACUUCAAGGGUGUGUGUUUCACAGGCUCAAAAUCGGAAAAACAAUGGAAGUCAUCACAGCCGCCGACCCAAAAGAAUCCACCGUCUCUCCGCCGCCGCCGCCACCACCACCACCACCACAUGAAUCAUUAUCGAAGAAUGCCCAGAAGAAGCUAUUGAAACAACAAAGGUUCGAAGCAAAGAAAGCAGAGAAAAAAGCAGCCAUGAAAGAGGAAAAGAAACGAAAAGGGGAAAGGAAAAGGAAAGAAUGGGAAGAAAAGCUUUCGGUUUUAUCAGAAGAAGAAAAACAUAAAAUGAUUGAAAAUAGAAAACAUAUGAGAAAAGAAAGAAUGGAUCAGAGGAAUGAAGAAAGACUGACCAAAUCAAAUAGACUUUCUCAAGCUAAGUUAAGUGGUCAAAACAUUGUUGUUGACCUUGAGUUUUCUCAUCUCAUGGCUCCUAAUGAGAUUCAUAGCCUUGUUAAACAGAUAAUAUAUAGUUAUGCUGUGAAUGGAAGAAGUGUGGUUCCUUCUCAUCUAUGGUUGACCGGGUAUGAAGGAGAAAUCGGAAGCCAGUUACAAAAGAUCCCAGGGUUUGAUAAAUGGAUAAUCGACAAGGACAGUGGUCCUUAUAUCAAUACAUUUCAAACUCAAAAGGAGCAUUUGGUAUACCUCACAGCAGACUCAGAAACUAUGCUCUACGAUCUUGAUCCAAACAAAAUUUAUAUUAUUGGUGGGCUCGUUGAUAGAAAUCGAUGGAAAGGGAUAACCAUGAACAAAGCUGUAGAGCAAGGAAUUCAAACAGCAAAACUUCCUAUUGGCAAUUACCUCAAGAUGUCUAGUUCUCAGGUCCUAACUGUGAAUCAAGUGAUAGAAAUACUUUUAAAGUUCUUGGAAACCAAAGACUGGAAGGCUUCAUUUUUCCAUGUGAUUCCUCAAAGGAAAUUAGGCGAAACAGAAACUGAAGGGUCUCUGGAAGCAGCGGAAGAGGACGAGAAAUUUGAUCAAGAGAAUAAAAGGCAAUGCAUUGAAACAUAGAUAACUUGAUAGGUAUACUUGUGUAACCUUCUAUUAUAUCAUUUCAUUUCAAAAUUUUGAGGGAUUAUUAAAACAUUCAUUAAUUGCAGUUCAGUUGUUUGUGUUGA